CCAGGCAAAAGUCGCAUGCAUUAUCAGUUAAAACUUUUCACCUUUUCAUGUUUAUCUUGCCACAAGAAUUGAUUUAGACAGAUAACAAAACAGAGAUAUGUCUGAUAAACCGCCUCCGUAUCAACCCCCUCAAGGUUAUCCACCACCUCAACAGGGUUACGGCCAGCCCCCACAGGGUUACGGCCCACCCCCACAAGGAUAUGCCCCCGGACCACAAGGAUAUCCACCGCCCCAACAUGGAUAUGCCCCACCCCCACAAGGAUAUGCCCCGCCCCCGCAACAUUCCCAUCACACCAACACGACAGUUGUGGUAGGGGGAGGGGCACCAGCACCGGUUGUCAUACAACAGGUGCCCGAGAGAUUUGCAGACAAGAUUUGUUUGAACCUGGUGAUUAGUCUCUUCUUCUGGCCCUGGCUUAUUGUGUGGCUUUGCCUGUGUAUCUUCGAGAAGUAGGAGGAAAUGCUGUGGUCUGAAAGAGCAGCCAUGACAGCCAAGAAAACUAAGCAGGAUUCAUUCGAUCCCAUUAAAUCAUAAUAACAUGUAAUAAUGAUACAACCAUAGACAUUAAUCUCAUACAAUUUGUUUACUAUUUUAGCAUUAUGUUAUAUCACUGAUUUUUUUUUUCAAUUUUUUUUCCAUAUGUUUAAACUUUACAGAGAUUUUGCAAUAAAUAAUUUAAUUUUGCAGUUA